AUGGCCAGAAUCAUUCUCGGCCAUUUACCCCCAACCUGCAAACGUGCCUGCUUAGGACCAUGUUACCCGGUGGAAUUUUCAGUAAAGGACCUAAACAUGUCUGGACCUCGGUUUAAUAUUGCACUGGCCAUCUUUUUCGUCCCCUACGUGCUUUGUGUGGACCUUAUUCAAGUGGACACCCAUGCGCUCUCCACCAGCUGGCUCGAGCCGCAUGGGAUCCGCUAUUUGGAGCUCCUAAUCCCUGCCCAGUGUGGCCGCCAAGUUUUCGAAGAGAGCCAACAGAUUCGAUUGGAGUUGGGUGAUGGUUGCGGCAAUCAUGAUCAGGCUAGCUUUCUACGAUGCCCGAUUGCAUGGCAGAGCUUCUUCUCGCCCAACCUAUAUCUCGAAUCGCAUGUUUGGCCUCACAUUACGAAAGUCGAAACGGCUAAGGCCGUACCAAAGCUUAAGGAUUGA